CUCUCUCUCUCUCUCUCUCUCUCUCUUAUUCACUCUUAUUCCCUAUUGCAUAUUGCACCACAUAUAUCUACUGUUGGUAUGAUCAUGGCCAUUUGGAAGCCUGCAUGGUUAGAAGCGCUGGACACGCAGAAGUUCUUCGUAGGAUGCUCCGCGCACGAGAACGCGAAGAAGAACGAGAAGAACAUCUGCUGUUUGGACUGCUGCACCAGCAUUUGCCCGCAUUGCGUGCCCGCGCACCGGCAUCACCGCCUCGUGCAGGUGCGACGCUACGUCUACCACGACGUCGUGAGAUUAGAGGACCUCGAGAAGCUCAUCGACUGCUCGAACGUUCAGUCGUAUACGAUUAAUAGCUCGAAAGUGGUGUUUCUGAAGAAGAGGCCACAGAAUAGGCAGUUUAAGGGAUCAGGAAACAUUUGCACAUCUUGUGACAGGAGCCUCCAGGAGCCAUACAUCCACUGCUCUCUUGGUUGCAAGGUAGAUUACAUUUUGAGACAAAGGAAGGACUUGUCUGCAUAUUUGAGGCCAUGCAAGAGACUGCAGCUGAGCCCAGACUUCUUCAUCCCCCACGACGCCGUCGACGAGGAGGCGAUGGAGACCACCCACUCGACCAUCGUCGAGGGCGACGAGCCCGUGAACUCGUCCGACUCGGAGAAUCUGAGCAUGCCGCGGACGGAGAUCGUGCGGAAGAAGCGCAGCGGGCUCUACGUCUGCGCAAGAUCUGCAAGCAGAGUGUCUGCUGAUGAGGACAUGGCUGCAAACAUGAGCAGAAGGAAAGGCAUUCCACAUAGAUCACCACUAUGCUGAUUAAGAGCUAAUUAUUAGUGUUUUUAUCACAUGGCUAAUUAAUUAGUUGCUAAUUAAGUGUUCUCUUCAUCCCUGGCCUGUUGGACUAGUUAGUUGGCAGUUUUAUAAUUACCUUUUUUUUUCGGUUAAAAAGGGGCAUAAUAUUGUUCCAAU